AUCGCACUAGAUUUGAUAAGAUCUCAUUGUAGACGUAAUUGAUAUAAGUUCUCUGAGUUGUUUUUGUAUGUAGAGUGCAGAUCACGUGACAGUAACGAUUUUGUAUACUGAACAGAAAACAAUCACCAUUUUGAUAACAGAAAGUGUCAAACUAAUUAUCAUUUUCUGUUCAAUAGCUGAGAGUGAAGAAUGUCUAUAAAAAUGAUAGUUUCUUCCCAAAGAUCCUGUCACUUUUCAUCAUUCAGGUCAAUCAAUCUUGAGAACAAUAGUACACAUUAAUCAUGUCUUCUAUUGAAAGUGGUAACGUUGAUAACAUGGCACAAACUAAUCUUUUAUUUGGUGUUGCAUCAAUCAUUGAUAUCUCAGAUAUCAAUUUUGAUCAUGGUGUCUUACAAUUGAAACAAACUGCUGCAAGAUUAGUUGCAAGAGGAAUUUUCCAAAGUGAUUUUAAAAAUGCUGAAUAUUUUGUUAAAACUUUUAACAUUGAUGAAUAUGAAUUUGAAAGGGUUUUACAUUCUGCUCAAGGACAAAUUGUUAAUUGUCGUAAUGAAUUGAAAUCCUUUUUAACUCGUCAAACCGUUUCAUUUGAUCAAGCUGAACAUGAGUUUUUAUCUUAUGGAGAUUUAUUAGGACCAACUAGAACUGCAAAAUUGGCUGAGAUUGAAGGACAAGAAGAGGAAACUAAAGAUAUUGUUGCUUGGGCUGUUAAUAGAUAUUUGUUGACCUUGAAAACAUCUAGAGGUGGUGAUGCUCAAGCUUUAGAAGGUUAUUGUAAAUUCACUACUGAAUUGGAAAAAUUGUGUUUGGGUACUUUUUUACUUUUGAAGCUUUAUGAAGGGAAACCAUUAACCAAGACACUUUGUUUCCAUCUUUUAAAGACACUUUGUUCAAAUACAAAGGCCGAUUUGAAGUAUAUUGAUUAA